UUCCAUCUGGUCCACUCAUUGGGGCAAUAGGGCUUAUUGUAAUUAUUGUUGCCUCCAGGGACAGUCUGGGGACAGUCGAUUUGUCUUUGUCUUUCAGUCUGGUUGUCUGGCUACUCUUAAAGUCGCUGUAGAGUGAAAAUAAAUAUAUCUUCUAAAUUGGACACAUCGCAGAGAAGAGUGUUGUUAAGAACCCGGCCCAAAUUUCGCUUUUUCCGUGACACGACAACGAAAAGCUCUAAAGAGGCCACACCAGCGUUGAGCCCCUGUCCAAACGCUGGCUUAUGUCUGACUUUAAAAAAAUGUUUUACCUCUCUCUUCCAUCUUCUCUAUAUGACAUGAGCGCACUCGCAGCCGACAACGAGGCGCUCUAAAGAAACCACGCCAACCCGAAGCCCCGGUCCCGGUUUUAAUUGAAUUUCCCCCCCCCCCUCCUCACUAUUUCGACUUUCUCUACAUGAUGGCCACACAUUCGCGGCAGACAACGUGGCACUCUAAAGCGGCUACGCCAUUGGACUAUCUAAAGGCAAGAUCAUUUCCGUGGUGUAGGCAUAGCUAGCGAGCUAACUGCACGUCGCAAUUGCACUGGAUAACCACUGAUACAAACGAAGGCACUCAAAUUCUUACGUAAUUGGGGAGGGAUAACUCAAGCAUGAUCCCUAAGUGGGUCACUGGGGCUUGCUUAAGCCACGCUCCAAAAAAUCAGGAAACCUGAAAUGGUGAAAAACAGUCGAGCGCUGUACUGCCACAAUUGAGUGUUACUAUGCUAUGAUAUGCCGCCAUGAAAUUACAAGUACUUCCCGGUAGUUCAUAUGAUGUGUUUUAAGGGUAGUAUACCGAGCUACAUUUACUCCGUUACAUUUAUUUAAGUAACUUUUGGGAUAAUUUGUACUUGUCAGAUUACUUUUAAUGCAACAUACUUUUUACAUAUACGCAUUUUUGUUAAAAAAAAAAAAUGUUGCUGUUACACGGAGCUGCAUUCAAGAUGAGGGAUGUUUUGUGGUUAGGGUUGGUUAGGUGGGGGCAAACCCAGAGUGUGUACGUGUGUGUGUGUGUGUGUGUGUGUGUGUGGCAAAAAGAGGUAACUGCACUUACACGUGGAGCAAGUCUCUCUCUCUCUCUCUCUCUAUUUCUCUCUCUCGCUCUCUCGUUCUCUCUCUCUCUCUCGCUUGUCAGAAUACUUGAUAAAAAGUCCUAACAGUGUAGGGAGAAGUUGACAAGGAGGAGAAGAAUCUCCAAGGAGGAGAAACUUUCAGGCCCUUGACUGUUAAACGCCCCCACUUCCACACGCUUGGAGAUGCUCUGAGAAGACCCUCACUACUUUUAGCAGCGUUUUUGCAAGCUCCUUUGAAGAAGACAUGCAGCGCAGGCCGGUGUGCGCGGGCUGCCGCAGGCCGAUCGCCGACAAGUUCUUGCUCCGGGUGGCGGACGGCCUCCGGCACGAGGCGUGUGCGCGCUGCUGGGCGUGCGGGGACGCGCUGCGGGACUCGUGCUUCGUGCGGGAGCAGCGACUCUACUGCAAACGGGACUAUGCUGAGCUGUUUGCAGUGCGCUGCGGGGGCUGCGCCGCGGGCAUCUCUCCCACAGAGCUGGUGCUGCGUGCCGGGCCCGCCGUCUUCCACUUGCGCUGCUUCACCUGCAGCGUGUGCUCCGCCCCACUGAGGACCGGAGACCGCUGCGUGGUCAGGGAGGGCCGGCCACUGUGCGCCAGGGAGGACUACCACCAGCGUGUGGCCAGCCCGACUUCAUCCGAGACAGGUAAAAGUGUCAAUGCUGACGAAGAUAACGAGGAAGAGGAAGAGGAGGACUCAGGGACUGUCACAAGUAGACGGAUUAAAUCGGAUAAGCAGGAAAGUAAACGUCCCAAAAGACCUCGCACUAUUUUGACCACCCAGCAAAGACGGAUCUUCAAAGCCUCCUUUGAGGUUUCAUCCAAGCCGUGUCGAAAGGUACGGGAGACUCUGGCAGCAGACACCGGCCUUACUGUCCGGGUCGUGCAGGUCUGGUUCCAGAACCAAAGAGCCAAGAUGAAGAAACUGGCCAGGAGGCAACAGCAGCAGGAACAGGAGCAGCCGACUCAGGAGCAACAAGAACAGCAAGCGCGUCACAAAGUGCCCCCCAAUGGUGUGCCUACCUCUCAGCUGGAGCACCUGGGGUCUUCCUACUCGCACGUCCAGCAACAGCAGAUGGGAUUCACAACAGUGGAGCAGCAAGACUUUGACAUGGACCCCUUCAGACAAGGCCUGACGCCCCCUCAGAUGCCAGGGGAUCACAUGUACCCCUACGGUUUGAAGGCCCUUUACGGCGAUGUAGCAGACGCCGACUGCUUGUCACUGGGCGACACCUCCUCCCUCCUCACCCCCAUCGACCGCCUCUACUCCAUGCAGGACUCUUACUUCACCUCCUGAGAGAGGAUCCUCAUCACGGCCACUCUUUAUUUAUCCACGUGGACCGUGCACAAUGGGUGGCAGAGGAUAACCGGUUGCGCAAAUGGAUAUACUGUGACACUCACACAAUACUGCUGUUCAUCUUGUAGCAAAAUAUGCUCACACUAUGUCUUUCAUGCUUUGAAACACAGACUAUUUUACUGUCUCUGGACUAUGCUUGAACGCCACUUUACGAGAUUACAACGGAUGUGAAUAACUGUUUGAAUGUGUAUUUAUUCUUGUAGGGUGUGUUUAUUUUGAAUGGCUGAAUCGACU